CCUGCGAGGGAGCGGCGUGGCCAGGGCGCUGGAACAACCCAGUUGUCACUAAAAUCCACCUCGUAGUUGCAGAUUGUAAUGUGAAAGAUAACUUUGAAUUGACGUUCCCUGAGAAACCUGGUUGAAUUAGAUCUGCUUCAGAUGUGGCUUUGACUGGAUAAUCUCUGGAGGUAUCUUCCAACUUCAAAAUUUCAAUGAUUCUCUGUUGGCUAGCAUUAUAAAAACACUAUGGAUAAGAAUGUUCAAGAAGAGCGGUUUACAGAAAUGAUUAAAUUCACACCUCCUUUGUACAAACAACGUUACCAGUUCAUCAAAGACUUAGUGUGGAAAUAUAAACCGAAGAAGGUAGCAGAUUUGGGCUGUGCUGACUGUACUCUUCUCUGGAUGCUAAAAUUCUGCAGCUGCAUUGAAGUGCUAGCUGGAUUAGAUAUCUGUGAGAAUGUGAUGAAAGAGAAAAUGCAUAGGUUGUCUCCCCUUCCAGGUGACUAUUUGCAACCAGCUGAACGAUCUCUAACUGUUACCUUGCACCAUGGCUCUGUUGCUCAUAAAGAUCCCUGCAUGCUCGGUUUUGACUUGAUAACGUGCAUUGAAUUAAUAGAGCAUCUGGAAGAACCAGAACUGGAAAAGUUUCCUGAAGUGGUGUUUGGUUUCAUGGCUCCAGCAAUGGUUGUGAUAAGUACCCCAAAUUCAGAAUUUAACCCGUUGCUUCCAGGAGUGACACCUUUCAGGCACCCAGACCACAAAUUUGAAUGGAACCGAGCAGAAUUUCAAAGCUGGGCACUAAAUAUUGCUAGAUCCUACGAUUACUCAGUGGAAUUCACUGGUGUAGGGCCCCCACCGACGGGAAUGGAGGAAGUUGGGUUUUGUACCCAAAUAGGGGUGUUCAUAAGAAAAUAUUCCCAAACAAGUGAAACUGCCCGUUUUGAGAAACCCACCAAAGCAGCUUACAAAACUGUCUUCAAAGCAGUGUAUCCAAGUCUUAAAGAUGAGAAGUACCUGCAGAUUGCAGUGGUCAGUGAAGUUGUUUUCACAGCACAGGUAAUUAAGCGAAAUCUGCUGGACCAUUUACAUUCAGAACAUGAGGAGUAUAGUGAUGGUCCUGUUGAAAUAAAGUCUAAAUCCCAACAUUCAGAGAACUGUGUUUCAGAAGAAUUGGCUGUUGAAAAAUGCAUGGAGCCUUCUGUCAGUGGAAAUGUAGUUUACAUACCUCUUACAAAAAUAUUUUCUUUUCCCAAAGUGAAUCAACUUUGUGGCACAUUUGAGAAAUUAUACAAGCUUAUUGCUGACAAGGUUACACUGAGCAGUGAUGGUUCUGCUAUGGUAGUUGAUAUUGAACAGGAAUACGAAGAGGAAGAGAAUUAG